UCGGGUCGCCGGGUCGUGUCAGUGAGGGAAUAGGCCGAUUUUCUUUGCUGCUCUGGGUCUGUCCUGGGAGCCUCGUCGGGGGGCAUCUACGAAUUGAGUGUGACCUAGGCUGGUUCCAGUUGGACGCGAGUGCUGCUGCUGUGACAGUUGGAAGGUUGUGUAUAUCAAACUUUCUUGCAGAAAUUUCUGGACACAAGACCUAACUUAUUGCAGGAGUGACCAGGACACUACCUCCUAGAAGUAAUGCCCACAGAAAGCGGAAGUUGUUCAACUGCUCGCCAAGCAAAACAAAAGCGCAAAUCUCAUAGCCUUUCUAUACGAAGAACUAACAGCUCAGAACAAGAGAGGACUGGACUGCCAAGAGAAAUGUUAGAAGGACAAGAUUCUAAACUGCCAUCCUCAGUUCGAAGUACACUGCUGGAACUGUUUGGCCAGAUAGAAAGAGAAUUUGAAAAUCUUUACAUCGAAAACUUAGAAUUGCGCAGAGAAAUUGAUACUCUUAAUGAACGUUUAGCUGGUGAAGGACAAGCAAUCGAUGGGGCAGAAUUGAGUAAGGGCCAGCUCAAAACAAAAGCCAGUCACAGUACUAGUCAGCUUUCUCAGAAGCUUAAGACCACCUACAAGGCUUCCACCAGCAAGAUUGUCUCCAGCUUUAAGACUACCACAUCAAGGGCCAUCUGCCAGCUUGUGAAGGAGUAUAUUGGGCACAGAGAUGGCAUCUGGGAUGUCAGUGUUGCAAGGACACAGCCUAUUGUUCUUGGGACAGCAUCUGCCGAUCACACAGCUUUGUUGUGGAGCAUAGAGACUGGCAAAUGUCUUGUCAAAUAUGCUGGCCAUGUGGGCUCAGUAAAUUCUAUAAAAUUCCAUCCCUCAGAGCAGUUGGCUCUUACUGCUUCUGGAGAUCAGACUGCUCAUAUCUGGAGAUACGUGGUACAGCUGCCAACACCUCAGCCUGUUGCUGACACUAGUCAACAAAUUUCUGGUGAAGAUGAAGUAGAGUGCUCUGAUAAAGAUGAGCCUGACAUUGAUGGAGACGUGUCCAGUGACUGCCCUACUGUCCGAGUCCCACUGACAUCUCUCAAAAGCCAUCAGGGUGUGGUUAUUGCUGCUGACUGGCUGGUUGGUGGGAAACAAGUGGUGACAGCCUCAUGGGACAGAACUGCCAACCUGUAUGAUGUGGAGACAUCUGAACUUGUUCAUUCUCUGACAGGGCAUGACCAGGAGUUAACCCAUUGUUGCACUCACCCCACCCAGCGGCUCGUGGUGACCUCCUCCCGUGACACAACUUUCCGUCUCUGGGAUUUCAGGGACCCUUCCAUCCACUCCGUGAAUGUUUUCCAAGGACACACGGACACUGUGACCUCUGCCGUGUUCACUGUGGGAGACAACGUCGUUUCAGGCAGUGAUGACCGCACAGUAAAAGUCUGGGAUUUAAAAAAUAUGAGAUCUCCAAUUGCAACAAUUCGUACAGACUCUGCCAUUAAUAGGAUCAAUGUAUGUGUUGGCCAAAAAAUCAUAGCCCUCCCCCAUGACAACCGGCAAGUACGAUUGUUUGAUAUGUCGGGAGUGAGACUAGCACGGCUUCCCCGCAGCAGCCGGCAGGGUCACAGACGAAUGGUGUGCUGCUCGGCAUGGAGUGAAGACCACCCCAUAUGCAAUCUGUUUACCUGUGGGUUUGAUAGGCAAGCCAUUGGGUGGAACAUCAAUAUUCCUGCAUUGUUACAAGAAAAAUAAGUCACUGAUGUUCCUUAGCUCUAAGUUUGCCAUGGACUUUUGAUUCAUGCAGGCUCUUCUGCAUAUUAAUCAGCCAUUAUAGUGAGAGUUUGACCCUGGGAAGGGUGCCUUGUAUAUGUUCUUCUCACCUUGUGCCCAGCUUGCAUGAAGUGUACAGAGAGAUGUGUGAUUGUGUCUUUUAUUUUUGUCUUGUGUAUAUUGGCAUCCUCUGGUCAGUAGAAGUGAAGCUCACCUCCCAUGUAGCAUACAGAAUGCUUUGAGUUGUUGACCUGACAGAUGAGCAGUAGGGCAUUAUAUUACAGUGUAAGAAUCAAAUGUGAACUGUGUAUCUGUUGUGAGCAUAAACAGUCUGUUACGUUGUCUGGAGGAACUGUAUAACUACCUUGUCCUGGGAAGACUGCACAGCUCAUUUGCAUUGGCUAGCAAGAGGCAGGACUGACAGAGAUUUCAUACUUGGUUUAUGUGAAGUUGUAGAAUGUGCUGUUGUGUAAUUCCAUUUCAACUCUUACUUCUGUUCCAGUUCUGUAAGAGUAACCUGGAUUUGCAACAUUUGUGCAGAAUUUCUUUUGAGAAGAAAAUGUUUCUGCUAUUUUAUAGAAAAUGAUUUCAAUCUCUUGAGGUCUCAUACAAGCAAAUUUUAAAAUACGAUUAUUCUAAUCACUGAUUUAGACAUUAAACAGAAUUCAAAGCACUUUAAUUUAUAGCUGUGGUUAUAAACAGUUUCUAGAAGUUUCAAAUGAUUUAUCCAUUGAAUGUGACUUGACCUUUAUACAAAGGCCCUGCUACCUGAAGACAAAAUAUUAUUUAUUUUCUACAUCUUUGGUUUUCAUAUUUCUAUGGGUUCGUUUCCUUGGUGGUGUUUGAGAGCCAAGAAUGCAAAUAAAUGAGCACUACCUCAAAAUAAAUAUCGGGAAACCUUUGGAGUCUCACUGCUGCAUGGAUAAAGCACUUGAUUUAAAGCUGGAAUAUUGAAUUCAAGGUAGAAGGCAAGAAAAACAACCAUACCCUAUGUACCUUGAAGGUGAAACGCUUUCUAGGUAGCCUGGGAAGGUGACAGCCAUGGCAGAUAGUUCAUAGGCAACCAGAAGUGCUUGUCUUGAACAGCUUGGAACCUCUCAGCGCCAGUCCUUCUACUGCACGAGUGAGCCUUUUGUUCUCGCCUUCUAGAGAUUACUGUUCACCUGAUGUUUGUAAGUUUGUGUUUCUUACAGAGUUACAGUUUUGAUAAAGAGACAUCUCAGUUACUGCUCCUCGUACAUUAAUUCUUUCCAUACUGCUCUUUGGAGAGUGACCAUUUAGGGAGAAGAGAAGAGGUAAUACACUGUUAGUGGUACCUCCCUUCCCACCCCUCUCCCAGCCCCUGGCUUUCUCUUUGGGCCGCAUAGGAGGGCACCUGAACUGGUAAGUGGUAAGAAGCUUGGUGUAAGAUAUGUAAUGUGCAUAGAACAUUUGGGUGGCACGUUCCAGGAGUGAGAAUUUGGUUAUUGGCGUCUUUGACUUGGGCACCAAAGUUGCUGAUCUUAGGAACUUUGUAUCUGACUUGUUUAGAGAGAUUCUUUGAGUAAUUUUGUGUUUUUCAACUUAAGAAAAAAGAGGUUGUAUUUUUAAAGUCUGACCAUUUCUGAUGAGGAGUCUCACCAUGGUGUGUUUGAGAGCUGAGUCAGGCUGCUCACGGUAGUUGACUAAAAUGUUAGAGCCAGCUCUGGCUGUCUUGAAUGUAUUUUGCUUGAUGGUGGAGUACUGUGUGAUGAUGUUCCUGGUGGCCAGCUUGACUUUACAGCCACACAGGUUUCCAUAUCCUCUCCAUUCUGCUCUAUUCACAGAGUUGUUAAUGUCAGUGGCAAGCCAUGUUCUUAUGUUCUUUGCAUCUUAAUCUGAAAGUCUAGGUAUAGUGAGGAACAUUGAAAAAAUGUAUGCAAAUACAAACAGCAAAAUCAAACAUGACACCUACCAGACACAACUUUGGAGCUUUAAAAAGUCUUUAUUGGUGAUCAUCGACUUGUAUACAGACUAGUGACCUUCACUGCCAAUGGCUGCUUAUUUUCUUUGGCUAACUGGAGGGACCAGCCUCCGACACAGAAGUGAGGCUCCCCACUCAUUUCCACGAGGGCAGAAGACCCUAAUGGUGCUCGAAGAGAGUGCUCAGGAGCAGGAUGUGACUUACAGUAGCUGCUGUUUGUCAUCUGUUCUCACCUAUCGCUGCUGUGACCACAGUGUUAUCUUCAAGAGUCUACGAUUGUCAUGGGCUUGAGCUCAUGGAUGUUUGCAGGCCUGUACAUGUGGCUAAGGGUAAGUCAUGCUGCCAGCCACGAGGAAUCUUACAUUAGAAAUAGUGUUUGGGAUUAGGAACACUAUUAAUGUGCUGGAGUGUCCAGAUUUUCAUUUAAUAAUGGAGGGGAAAUAUGUGGCUACUAAAUGUGCAUUAAUACAAAAUUCCCCAAGAGAUUUGUUGGACAGAAUAUCCCCGCCCCCACUGUAACCGAAGCAUACCAAUUUCUGUAGAGUCAAAAAAGCUUUGUACAUAUUUGGGAAUCUGAAGACUAUGUAAAUCAUUCGUUACUUAAAUCUGUGAAAAAAGGUUUUUUUUUUUAAAUUUUUUUUGAGGGAAAAGUGCAUUUAUAAGUGUUCUGUGGAAUCAGUUAUCUUUACUGUAUCGAUGUAACUGUUUGUAAAUGUUCAGUGUCUUCAUUGAAAUACGAAGUUCAUUAAAACAUCUGUGUUCCAUAAUUACUAGUAUAAAGAUUUAUGUUAUUGGGA